GAAAGAAUUUAACUGCGCUAAAGUCCUGUGUUGGUGACGGAUGUCCAAAGUUCAGAACUUUUUCAUUGCGCGUCUCGCAUGGUCUCGAGGAUGGGGACGGCUUAAGCAGAGGCAGCUUUUUGAAUUUUAACAUCAGCAGCAGGAACUGUGAUUUGCGCGCCGCAGCACGAGAGAAACAGAGAAGUUGCGCAGACUUUUUGCACAUUUUGGAGCUAUACAUAUUUUCGCUUUUCAAAGAGAAGAAAUGCAGGCUCGCUAUUCCGUCUCCAGUCCGAACUCUCUGGGCGUCGUGCCCUACAUCAGCAGCGACCCGAGCUACUACCGGGCCGCGGCCGGCGGUGGGUACACGGGGAUGCCAACACCUAUGAACAUGUAUUCUCACGCGGCUCAUGAGCAGUACCCUGGAAGCAUGGCCCGGGCAUAUGGACCGUACACCCCCCAGCCUCAGCCCAAGGAUAUGGUGAAGCCCCCUUACAGCUACAUCGCCCUCAUCACCAUGGCGAUCCAGAACUCAGCCGACAAGAAGGUGACCCUGAACGGGAUAUACCAGUUCAUCAUGGAGAGGUUUCCGUUUUACCGAGACAACAAACAGGGCUGGCAGAACAGCAUCAGACACAAUCUGUCCCUCAAUGAGUGUUUUGUUAAAGUGCCUCGAGACGAUAAGAAGCCCGGAAAAGGCAGCUACUGGACCCUAGACCCGGACUCUUACAACAUGUUUGAGAACGGGAGCUUCCUGAGGAGGAGGCGGCGGUUCAAGAAGAAGGACGCGCUGAAGGAGAAGGAGGAGCGGCUGCAGAAGGACCUGCCGCCGAGGCAGCAGGGCCGGGACCCGGAGCAGGCGGUGCAAGGCUCUCAGCCCGUUCGGAUCCAGGAUAUUAAAACUGAGAACGGGACCGUGACGCCGCCGCAGGCAGAUUCUCCUUCUCUGAACACCGUGCCCAAAAUCGAGAGUCCGGACAGCAGCAGCAUGUCCAGCGGCAGCCCCCACAGCAUCCCCUCCAGCAGGUCCAUCGGCAUGGACAACUCCGAGCACCACCAGCACCACGGCCAGGCCUCUACGCAGGGCUUCAGCGUGGACAACAUCAUGACCUCUCUCAGGGGGUCUCCGCAAGGGGUCACCGAGCUCACUCCCAGCCUCAGCGCCUCCGCCCGGACAGGUAUUACCCCAUCUUUGUCCCUAAGCUACUCUCCAAACCAGGCAUCAGCCUAUAGCUCGCCCUGUAACCAAAACUCCAUCUCUACUACCUCCAACGCCACCUAUCAUUGUAACAUGCAAGCCAUGAGCCUUUACACUGGGGACAGAGCGAGCCACUUAGCACCGAGCACCACCGUGGAUGAGACGCUGCCAGAUUACUCAGUCACAACAACUUCAUCAUCCCUAACCCACGCCAAUCUCAACUCCGGCCAGGAGAGCCACCAUACCCACCAAGGGAGACUGGCCUCGUGGUACCUGAACCAGGCCGGAGACCUGGGCCACCUGGGCGCAAACUACCCUGCGCAACAGCAGAACUUCCAUUCAGUCCGAGAGAUGUUUGAAUCCCAAAGGAUUGGCUUGAAUAACUCACCGGUGAACGGGAAUAACAGCUGUCAGAUGUCAUUCCCACCGAGUCAGUCCCUCUAUCGCACUUCGGGAGCUUUCGUGUAUGACUGCAGCAAGUUCUGACCAAAGGAAAUCGGAAGGAAAAUAAAAUAAACUCUCAGUGUUUUUACCAAGAACUGUGUCAUAGAAACCCUGCCCUGACCUGGACUCAUGUGAGCCAAAAACAGACUUGAUCUCGGUUUUCCUAACAGAAAAGUGUUACUUCAGAUAACACGUAAGUCUCUCUUUUUGCUUUUGUGGCUCUGAUAUAUGCUAGUGACGUGUCACUUUUCUUGGACAUGUAAAUUGCAUAAAUAGUAAUUUAUUUCUAAACUGUAGCCGGAUGUUCUUAAAUGGACCAAAACACCCAGAAGUGUUUCUAAAUUGAAUUGCCUUAUUAGUCCAAACAGAUUUGCUCCAUUUAUGGAAAGAAAAAGUUCAACGUGUAUAUCUCCGUCAUGUUUUAAAUAUUCUUCCAUGUUAAAAAAGUAUUCUGAAGGAUUUGUUUGUUUUGUUUAAUAAAUUGUCAUUUUAUGUGAGUUA